AUGGCGGCCGUUAAUAUUAUAACCGGUGCCCAGCCCACCAGCCCGGACGAGCCUGAUCUCUCUCAGGGAACACAGGACUCACAGACAUACUUUCAGCAGUCUGAUUCAGAGGGGGAGGACGACGAUCCUCUACACGAGCAAGACGAUGUGGAUCACAGCGAAGAGGGCAUAUCGGAUGAGCGAGCAGCCACAGCCGCAGCCCCGUCAUCCAAUUCACCGGAACCCGUAAAGGAGUCACAAAAACCCGACAAGAAGAGCAAGAAGAAGAAGAACAACAACAAGAGUAAGGGCAAGGAUAACGACAAGCCAAAGGAUACCCCCGCCGACGCUACGAAUAAUGAAGAUCACGACAAACCUCAAACGACAUCAACUGGAAAGAAGAAGGACAAGAAGGGAAAGAAGGCCAAGAAGGACAAGAAGAGCAAAGCUGCAAGCGACGUGAGCCCCCCCAAGGCGGCAGAGACGGAGGAGACAACGCCCGGAGAGAAUCCCGCCGCAGCGGAGGAGGACCCGGCGCCGGAAGAUGCAGCCCAGGAGGACGCGCCGCCCGAGGAUGCUCAGCCAGACGACGCUGCGGAAACGAAGCAAGAGCCCGUUCCUGACGCGGCCCCCGACGCCGGUGCCGAGCCGGAAGGGCAAGCACCAGUUCGGGCAUCGGAAGAUGUCCCGACCGAGCAGCAGAAUCCGCCCGAGGAAGGGGCUGCAGACGCCGCGGAACAAGUGACAAACGAAACCUGCGCUGAAGAAGCAUCGGAGGAAAGGGCUCCUGGCACGACCGCCGACGAGGAGUCGACGAAGGAGCCUGCGGCUAAUGAAGAGGGCCCCAAGGAGGAAGUCGAAACUGGUCCAGGCGCCGAGGUGCCGCCGGACGAAAAGCCAGCUGAAGCUCCUACCGUUGAGGAGACUCCACAAGCCGCACCUGCUGAGGCUCCGGAAGACCAGCCGACUGUGGACGAACAACCCGCUGAAGUCCCUGCUGCAGAACAGGCUGUUGAGGAGACUCCACAAGCCGCACCUGCUGAGGCUCCGGAAGACCAGCCGACUGUGGACGAACAACCCGCUGAAGUCCCUGCUGCAGAACAGGCUGUUGAGGAGACUCCACAAGAUGCACCUGCUGAGGCUCCGGAAGACCAGCCGACUGUGGACGAACAACCCGCUGAAGUCCCUGCUGCAGAACAGGCCGUUGAGGAGACUCCACAAGCCGCAACUGCUGAGGCUCCGGAAGACAAGCCGACUGUGGACGAACAACCCGCUGAAGCUCCUGCCGCAGAACAGACACCCCAAGAAACACCCGCGGAAACACAGGAGGCGGAGGCUGCUGUGGACGAGAAGCCCGCAGAAGGGUCUGUUGUGGAACAAGCGCCCAAAGAAGUGGCUGCUGAAACAUUAGAGGCCGAGCCGACGGCGGAAGAAAAGCCGGCCGAGGUCCUUGCUGUUGACGAAACCUCUCCAGAGGCUCCCGCUGAGUCAACAACGGAGGAGCAGCUUGCGGAUGAGAAGGCAGCUGAGGAUACUGUUGACGAAGCUUCUCAAGAGGCUCCCGCAUCAACAGAUGAGCAGCCUGCGGAUGAGAAGGCAGCUGAGGAUACUGUUGACGAAGCUUCUCAAGAGGCUCCCGAAUCAACAGACAAGCAACCUGCGGUUGAAGAAGCAGCUGAGGAUGCUCCUGUAGAAGCCUCUCCAGAUGCUCCCGCUAAAUCAACGGAGGAGCAACCUGCAGAGGAAAAGCCAGCUGAGGAUGUUGUUGACGAAGCAUCUCAAGAGGCUCCCGCAUCAACAGAUGAGCAACCUGCGGUUGAGAAGGCAGCUGAGGAUGCUCCUAUAGAAGCCUCCUUAAAUGUUCCCCCUGACACAACAGAGGAGCAAACUCCAGAGGAAAAGCCAGCUGAGGAUGCUCCUGUAGAAUCCUCUCCGGAUAAUCCCGCUGAACCAGCGGAUGAGCAGUCAGCUGAGGAUGCCGUUGACGAAGCCUCCCCAGAUAUUCCCGCUGAAUCAACGGAUAAGCAACCUGCCGAUGAAAAGCCAGCUGAGGACCUCGCUGUUGACGAAGCCUCUCCAGAAGCUCCCGCUGAAGAAGCGGUCGAGCGACUUGCUGAGGAAGAGAAGCCUGUCGAUGAUUCUCCUGUAGAAGAAUCUCCUAAAGAGGUACCUUCUGAGGCACAGGAAGCUGAAUCUACCGUGGAUGACAAGCCAGCUGCAGGUUCUAUUGAAGAAGCGUCAAACGAUAUUCCGGCCGAACAGCAAGCAAUCGCUGAAACACCACCGCCGACUGAAACCAAAACCGAAGAAGAUUCCAACCAAGGAGCUGUAAAUGAAGAGGUUUCAGAAACCAAUGAAAUUCCAGCGACGGAGUCUGUUGUGGAUGGAGAGCAGCCAAGCCAGGAGGACUCGGCCGAAGGACCGGCAGUUGAAGAACCCAAAGAACAGGCUUCCGAGUCUGUUGAGAAACAACCAGGGGAAACAGGUUCCGAGGAUAGUGAAGGAAAGGAGGUCGACGAGGCGUCGAAGGCAGAAGUCACUGAUGAGCUUUCAUCUCAGCAAGCUGCUCAAGAUGCUCCCACUGCUGCACAUGUUGUGGAAGACAAGACCGCCAAAGAGCCAGCAACAAAAGAAGUGACAGAAUCCCUCGGCACCGAAGGCGCAGUUGAAGUUUCUUCUGCCGAUGAUCCUGUUUGCGACGAACCUGUUGCCAAGGAAUCUGAAGAUACAGAUUCCAAACCAAUUACCGAAGACGAAUCUGUUGAACAGGUUCUCGAGGAGUCAACUCCAGCAAACGAAGAGUCGUCAACACAUGCAGAUGCCACUGAAGGACCUGUUGCAGAAAUUCAUGUCUCUGAAGAACCCUGCGGUGAGCCUGCUGCCGAUGGCACUGAAAUAGCUCCAGUGCCCGAGGGGCCUGAUCAAGCUCAAGAACCGAUUGAGGAAACCUCUGCAGAAGUCACCCAAGGUUCCACUGUCGAAGAGCCAGACUCUAGCCAAAACAUCACAUCGGAUGUGACUGCUCCUGAGUCUGCCGGUUUGGAUGUUAAUGCGGAGGGAACGUCAGCUGAAGCAGAUCCUGCGCCAGAUGCGAGUGCUACUGUCGAACCGACCGCCACAGAGGAAAAUGCCCCAACUGAAGAGACGACAACAUCAGAAGCCGAGCCAACCCCCCCUGUGCAGGAUGUGAAGGAAGAAGUACGCCAGUCUGAAACUCCUGUUGUCGAGCCUGCAGCUUCUGAACCAAGGGAAGAUGCGACAGAGAAUAGCGCCGAGACAGAGACAGCCUCUGCCGUAGAAGGCCCUGCCACCUCAGAACCUGCUUCCAAUGCGGUAUCGACCGAAGAACCCGCGACCGAGACUGCGGUUCAAGAUGCUGUUCCAGCAUCCACUGAUGAGCCAUCAAAUCCUGCCACUGAAACUGCCGCCGAAACUGCCGACCCUAUCAUUGAGACGGCUGCCAAAACAGAGGAUGAGCCGGAUACAACUAUGGCUGCGCCGAGCAAAGCCGACGACCCUACUGAAGAGGAGGCAACAUCCGAUACAUCCCCUGACACGGACGCAGCCGUAGCUGCAGCUACCGAAGAAACUGUAGCAAGUUCAAACCCAACAGAAGAAGCAGUGGCAGACGAGCCUUCCGUGGAAGUUUCUACAGACAACAGCGUGGAGCCAGAGCAAAUACUUGACGGGACCAAGGCCGAUGAUUCAUCAGCUGACGAUGGCGCAAAAAAUGAUAUUUCUGCAGAAGAAGCAACAGUGGAGGACAAGCCUGCCGACCAGGGUGCUGAAACGGUCGACGCUGAUGUAAAUGCUGAUUCUAAGCCUGAAACUUCGUCGAAUGAAGAGCUUUCCGCGGAGGCGGCGAAACCUUCUGACGAACAAGCUGCUGAUGCGACCAUCAAAACCGCGGAGGAAGACGAAGUGACUGCCGAGGAGUUGACGACAGAUGCGUCAGAAACGGCAGAGCCCCCAGCUGAUACACCAGCUGAGGAGUCGACGAAAGAAACGGAAGAGCCAGCUGAAGUCGUCGAACAGGCUCCUGAUGAUAAUGACGUUGCGGUUGACGCACCGAGCCAGGAGGAAGCCAAGCCUGAGGAGCCCUUGCCUGAGGAAGCUGCUUCCGUUGAGCGCGCAGAAAACGAAACCGGGAGCGUCGACACGGAGGCAGGUGAGACGACUGAACCAGCUCAAGUCGUCGAGCAGACGCCUGAUGACGACGGUGCAGGUGACGCACCUAUCCAGGAGGAGACCAAGUCUGAAGAGUCUCUGCCUGAGGGAGUUGUUUCCGUUGAGCACGUAGCUGAGCAGCCGAACGAAGCCGAACAGACGCCUGAUGACGACGGUGCAGGUGAUGCACCUACCCAGGAGGAGACCAAGUCUGAAGAGCCUCUGCCUGAGGGAGCUGCUUCCGUUCAGCACGUAGCUGAGCAGCCAAACGAAGCCGAACAGACGCCUGAUGACGACGGUGCAGGUGAUGCACCUACCCAGGAGGAGACCAAGUCUGAAGAGCCUCUGUCUGAGGGAGCUGCUUCCGUUGAGCAUGUAGCUGAGCAGCCAAACGAAACCGCGAGCGACGACCCGGCGGCAGGCGAGGCAGUUGAGCCUGCUCCGGAACCUGAAUCGCUUGAAACUGAAGCUAAGAAAGACGAUCCCUUGGUUGAAGAGUCAAAUGUUGAACCUGCGACAAUUGCGUCAGCAGAGACACCCACAGGCACUACCGAAGAAACAGAUACGUCUGAGACAAGUCCAGACAAGGCGCAGGAUGAUUCUGCUCCUGAAAAGGAGGCCAGCGACCCAGAGCCGGCUGUUCCAGUUGAUUCCGAUGAAACCACAGCACCACCAGCGUCGCCAAAACAAGUUCAUUUUGCAGACAAGGAUGAUGUGAUUACAGAGUCUGGCAUCAAAGAUGGUGAGGAUAAUGUUGUCGCAAAAUCUGAGACGGCCGCGGAAGAUGAGCACCCAGGUCAAGAACCGGAUGAGAAAUCAGUUGAAACUGUUGAAGAACCAGCGGCUCCUGAAGAAACUACUGACGGCGCCUCUGUCGAAACAGCAGAAGAUGUGAGCGCAGACAGUCGGUCUGACGCAUCUCCUACUUCCGAGCUUGUUGAGGAAGACUCGGAAUCUGCGUCGCCAGAAGAAGCCCAGAAGGUGACAGAUGAAGCCAUUGCAGACGAUCCCGAGGGUGAGGCUACUGAGGCGCCUGCAGAAGCAACCGAGACCUCUGAUGAAGCUCCUGGCGACGCCGCUGAGAAUCCAACUGCCGGGGAAGAGACUUCACCACUAGUAGAAGCUGUCGAGGCGGACCAUACGGCCAAACUGCCUGCUGGUGCUGUUGAAAUUGCGGGAGACGCCGCAGAGAUAGAAUCUGAAAGCUCCGCACGAGCCGCAGCCACUCCUGAAGAUGACGAGGUCAAGGAUGAAGUAGAUGCCGAACAGUCGAACGAGCCGGUGGCAUCAGCUACCACCACAGCGGAGAUUGCACAACCCAGUGGGACAGAUACAACAACAGAGGCUACACCUGUAUUGGCCGAAAAGACUGAUGUGGUUGAACCAGAAAAUGUUGUGCAAGACACCAAUGACGCUGCCGUUGACACGGCUGAACCUGCUGCUAAUGAGGUGGUUGAAGCGGAGAAGGUACUUGACAUCGCUGAUGCUACCACCGUUGAAGGAGACGAAACAGUAGAAACAGAUGUCUCGGGCAACGCGCAAGACGAAACUCCCGCCGAUACCGCGACGGAUCAAGUAGCAUCUGAAACUUUGGAGGACGCGGAUUGUAAAACGGAUGUUGCAGCUGAUGUUGAGGAAGCUGCUGACAGUGCCAAAGAAGAAGUCGAAUCUUCCGCUGCUGUCUCUGAACCAUCACAUGAGCUUGAAGAAACGGCCGCAGCGGAUGAGCCUCUUGAUAGCCAAUCUGGAAAUGUGACGAAUGAGGAGCCAGCCGUUGAAGAAACAGCUGGGACAACAGUUGAUGAAUCCACUCAGGACCCCGAAGGAGAUGAAGCAGUCGAACCUACUGAGGCAACUGCCAAUGAAGAGCCUGCAGCGCCUGAGGAGGGGCAGCCGCCCUUGGAGACUGCCGAAGAAGAUGCUCCAAAGGCUGAGGAUCCUGCCGAGAGUGUAAAAACAGCACAGCAUGAAUCAGGUAACGACGGCAACGAUGCUCAGCCUGUUGAAGAGUCCCAAGACACUUCGUGCAAUGAAGAGCUGACAGCAAAGGACGAAGGAAAUGAAGCCGAAGCCACUGAAGAACCGAAUAUGGAAGAGGAACCAGCGGAUAUCACAGACCUCAAGGAAGGUGAUGAAGCUGCCGUUGAGACUCCUGUUGCUGAAACAGAGGCCGAGGCAGAGAAUGUGGCAUCUGCGGCAGUGGCUCCGGAUGCAAAUGAGGAAGCCGCCGCGGCCGCUCCCGAGGUGACUGAGGAUGUGACACCUGCUGAAGGCGGUGACGAGAAGUCGGAAUCAGAGGAUGCCCCCGACGCUGACGAAACCAAGGCUCAGCUCGGCGCCGAGGUAGAACAGGAGCAGGCGGAAGAGCCUGUUGCUGUAGAAGAGGUCGCCGAGGAUCAGCAGGCCGUCGCCGAAGCUGCGGAAACUAUUGCCACAGUCGACGAGACCCCCGCGAGUCCACCAGAGCCCACGGUUGAGGCAACACCUGCUGAAGAUGCUGCAGCGGCUCCAAACGAGGGAUCUGAAGAACCAGGUCCUGAAGAGGAGCAGCCUGAGGAGGAAGCGGUUGCCGAGUCUGCCGAAGCUGAAGUAGCUCCUGCUGAAGAAGGUGAAGCGUCUGUAGAACAUACAGAAGCUCCUGAAGAGCCUAAAGAGUCUUCAGCAGAAAUAGAAGCUCAGCCAUCAACGCUCGCUCCCGCCGCCGCAAUUGCUGCUGGCGCUGCACUAGCAGGCGGUGCGGCUGCCACGCUUUUGCGAGAAGAGGCAUCGGAGCCUGCUGCAGCAUCCAAGGCUGAGCAAGGCGACGUUGAGGCAAAGGCACCCGAAGAAGAGGAGAGCAAGGACACGGUCGGGCCAAUCCCUAGCGAGGAGAAACUGGCGCCGAAGCCGAAAAAAGACGAAUCAUCAAGAGGUUCUCGACCGUUGAGCAGCGACGGGGAGAGAGAGAGACACCGCCGACGAAGACACUCGCAUCAGUCAGGCCGAUCCGGCCGCAGCCGCCACGAUGAAGAGCCAAGAGAGGGCAACCGCCUGCCCUCGCAUGGCUCUUCUCAUGGAUCGCACAGCCGCCGUCACCGCUCAGUCAGUGCUGAAGAGGCCUCGACCAAGACGCCUCCCAGAACGCCCCACAGACGAGACAGCGGCUUCUCCGGCGAGAGUCCUGGCGGCUCCGGCAGGAGAAGGCAUCGCACGCCGGAAGAGCAGGCGGAACACGACCGCAGGAAGGCCGAGCGCCAGCUGGGCGAUCGCGACGCUGACCGCCACCGCGAGCGCUCAGAGAAGCGAGAUCAUCACGACCGCCCUGACAAAUCUCAAAGGUUGGAGAAGCACGCCGAGAGGACUGAACGGUCGGACCGGGCCUCGCACAGGGAUCACGCCAAGAGCAGAGAGACGGACUCGCCCACCGACAGGAGCCGCCACCGAUCCUCCCGGCGGCACAGCCACUCUAGCCAACAGCGAUCUGAGCGCGUUCCCUCUGCCGCCGCACCGGCCGAGAGAGCAGAGCCAGUCGCGAGUCCGCAGCAGCCCGACAAGAAAUUCUUUGACGUCAAAAACGCCCAAGGAGUUGUCGGGUCGGGCAUGCCGCCGCAGAUCGCCGGAGAAACCGUGGUGGAGAUGCCGGCUCAGGACGCCAAAGGGGCGCCGGAAGGUCCCAAACGGUCCAGCACGAGUCGAUCGAAGCACAGCCUCAAGCGGACAUCGACGGACCAGGCCCGGCCCAAGGCUGCCAAAGCAAAGGAGCACGAGGACACGGCGCAAUCUUCCAACAAGAGCAGUGGGACGCCGUCGGAGGACAGCGCACGAAAGGCGAGAAGGAGCGAGCGCGAGCGCGAGCGCGAGCGGGACAAGAAAUCUCGCGAUGAGGACAAGAAGCCGUCGGGGCUGAAGGGUAUGUUUAGGAGGAUAUUUGGCUAG